AUGCUGAAGUUAUUAUUGUUCUUCUGUGUUGUUCUAUGUGUUUUUGGGUAUGGUGGAACAAAGUCGACUCUAGGCUUGAAGGUUGAUGAGUUUGUGCAAAGAAACGAAAGCGAUGAAGAUGUUGCGGUAAGUAUUUUUCAUAAUUUUGGGUAUAACAUGGUAUGUACAGACAAGAAUAUCUUACUUAUCUGAGCAUUCAUCUUUAGGAAGUUUUAUUGGAAGCCUUAGACGAGUUUAAAUUGAUAUACAACCUGAAAAACGUUAUCCAAACUAAAGCAUUACACAUUGAAUCGGCUAACGUCCAUGGCUUCAAAACAAUCUUCAGACCAUAUUCUGGGAAACGCUACAAUCUGCAUGUAGUCUACGGAAUCUGCUCUUUAGAAGGCAUUCAAUCUUGUACUGAGAAAGAUAUUGACAGAGUGGAAUUGGCUUUUAUUACAGCUGAUAUUGAACAUCCUCAUGCAUUCAUGAGAGAUUUCAAGUUUGAUGGCAAGGAUCUGGAAAGUAAAAGUACAGGUGUUGCUGGUGGUGUGGAGAGUAGCACUAAUUUUUAUAAGAGAUCAAGUUCAGAUGGAAUCAAAAAUGAAGGUUUGUAGAAGUAUUUAAUGUGUUACAAUUUAUAUUUUUUUUAUUUUUUUGCUUCAAGGAUAUCAUAUAGCUGUAAAACGUGUCUGCAGAUGUAAAUUUAGGUGUUUUAGAUGGUGAUUUAGCCACGGCAUCUUCUGCUGUUUCUGAGGAUUCAGGAAUAGAAGGUUUGAAUGAUGGUCACAAGAUCGCUCCAAGAAUGACUGAAUUCUUUGACUAUUAA